CCCGGUUCCCAGUCCCAGACCAUUUGUCGGUUUCCGCGAAAAAACUCCGAAAAAAUCCAUUCCCCUGCCUCUUCCCGCCUCCCCCGCUCCUCGCCCACCUAGGCGGCGGCGGCGCGGCCGCGUCAGCCACUCUUCGAUGACGCCGUCCUACACCUCAGGUACCGCGGGGUCCGCCGGCGGGCGGAGGGCGGCGACCUUUGCCGGCGCAAGCGUGUUCCUGUCGCGGAACCUGGUGGCCCCCGAGGUGUUCGACGCCGUGCACGACGCGCUCCGCCUCAACGGCGCCGAGGUCUUCCUCUGCGCCGACCCGAGCCGCACUGGGCCCCUCGACUUCCACGUCAUCUCAUCCUCGUCCCACGAGAGGUUCGCCGAUCUGAGGGCCAAAGGCUGCAAUUUGCUAGGACCACAGUGCAUUCUUUCUUGUGCCAAAGAACGUCGCUUCCUACCUAAGCAAAGUUAUACUUGUUGCCUUGCAAUGGACGGUGUUAAGAUACUCUGUUCAGGCUUUGAAAAAGCUGAGAAGGCUAAGAUUGAAGAAUUAGUGACAGCCACGGGAGGUCUUUUGCAAACUAAAGUCUCCAUGGAUGUGAACUUUGUACUUGUAAAAGAUGUCUUGGCUGCCAAAUAUAAAUGGGCUGUGAAUGUUCUGAAGAAGCCCAUUGUCACCAUGAACUGGUUAGAGCAGUGCUGGACUGAACAUCGUGUUGUGCCUCAUGAACCUUAUAGGAUUCUUCCCUUUACUGGGUUGAAUAUCUGCGUCACCAAAUUGAAUCCAGAUGAACGGAAGGAAUUGGAGAAAAUAGUAGUGCAGAAUGGUGGCCAGUUUUCAGCCUGUCUUACACGGAAGUGCACUCAUUUAGUUGCAAAUAAACCUGGAGGUGACAAAUAUGUCGUGGCCCAGAGAUGGGGUAAUAUCCACAUUGUAAAUCCAAGAUGGGUUGACCAAUCUGUUGCUCGAAGAGCUUGCCUAGAUGAAAAUAAUUACCUCGUUUGUCAGAGUUCGACUGCUUUUAGUGGCUUAAAAAGUUCCCUUAAGGAGCAACAUAACCCAGAGAUCAGUAGUGCAAGUGCAAGUUUUCAACCUGUUCCAGCAACAUCAGUCGAUGAUUCAGUAUCAACGUCACAAUAUGUGCCUGCUUCAUUUGGUGAUGCUUCACAGAUCAUCAACACAGAUAUUGUUGGUGCACCAGGUGUCCAAGAGACAAAUGAGAUGCAGGUUGAUAGUCAUGUAGCUGAGGACUCAGAGGCGGAAAAUGAUGAUCUAUAUUUAUCAAAUUGCAGAAUUUCUCUGGUGGGUUUUGAAGAGAAACAGUUGUUAAGGUUAGUCACGAUGAUACGCAAUGGUGGUGGAUCCCGGCACAUUUUGUUAAGUGAGAAGCUUACUCAUAUUAUUCUUGGUGCACCUUCAGAGGAUGAAAAAAAGGAGGUAAGACGUCUGGCUGCUUGGGGUGUAAUAAACAUAGUAAAAGUAAUGUGGUUAGAAGACUGCAAUAGAGCCAAAAAGGAAGUAAAAGUAUCCCCUAGUCAUGUGGCUACUGAGCUACUCUCGAAAGAAUUUUCGCAUGUGAGCAUGGAAAAAUCUGCUGAUACAUGUGAAACAAAGGUAGCCAAAAACUCACGUGGAAUUUUUCAUGUUCCAACUGUUAACGACUCACAUGACAAACAACUUGAAAAGGAUAUGUCAUCUGAAAGAAAAUCAGCAAGAGGCAAAAGUGAAAAUAACAUUAAUAAAACCCGAACAGCAACCAGGCCUGCAAAAUCAAGUCAACAGAAUGGAGCGGUCAGUAUUGGCGAGUACCGUACCCCAUUUCAAGUAACUCGUGAAAUGAAUUCAGGAAGUAGCAGAUCUUCAAAUAUUUUCAAAGGGAGAACAUUCGGUUUCUCAAAUUCAUUUUCUCAUGACAAGAGGCCUGAGGUUGUUGAUUGGGUCAGCGAAGGAGGUGGCACUAUGGUGGAUGACAUACAAUCUACAGUUGUGGAUUUCAUAAUCGAGUGCCAUGGACAGAACAGCAUGCCUUGUGACUUCUCUCAUUCAACCGUCGUUUCAACUCAAUGGAUACGCUCGUGUUUGGAGGAGGGCUGCUUGCAAGAUGUUGGAAAUCACCCUAUCUUCUCGCCUUUGCGCUGUUGCAUCCCAUUCCCAGGGUUUGAAAAAUACCGUUUCUGUAUUUCACUUUCACAAUAUGGAGAGAAAGAAAGAUUUCUGCUGAAGAACUUGUGCUUCGCUUUAGGCGCUAAGUUUACAGAGAAAGCAUAUAAGGGAGUGACCCAUCUUAUCUGCAAAUUUGCAAGCGGUCCAAAAUAUGAGGUUUACUCCAAAAGAGGAACUCCAACCAUUACUGUAGAGUGGCUCUUUGAGUGUGUAAAACAGGAUACAAUUGUCCCUUUUGAUCACUUUCAGCCGAGGCCACUUACUUCUCAGGAAAAAGAUGCUGGUAUGUGCACAGUCAGUCAAUAUUCCACGCAGGCAGGCAGAUUUGACUGCUCUGAGCUGCUUAGUGGAUGUCAAGUAACAACAAGCAAUCCAACACUCAAAUCUGGUAUUGCCUCAGCUAAUGAAGAACCAAUUUCUCCUGCUGUCAGUAAAAGAAGAAGAUUAUCUGUUUCUGGCAAGGCUAGCGAUACAUGCAGAAACACUGGAGGACCUGAGAAACACCUUGACAAUAGCUCUGUUCCUGAUGUUGCGGAUGCCAUAGAGGUCCUAUCAUCCAAGAUCCAGGAUGUGCAAUCUCCUAGGAGCAUUUUUGAACCUGACAAUACUGCUGUUGUUCAAGAUCAGAAAGAUACACACUCCUUUGGCAUUUCAAGGAGCUGGUUGAACAUGCAACAGAAGCAAGACAACACCCCUGGCACGAAGAUUCAAAGCUUAAACUCCUCCCCUGCCCCAUCCCCAGCUCCCACUACCUACUACCCUUUCAGUGAGACGCAGACAGAGUCUCAGGUCGUUGGAUACGAAGAAGAUUUGACCGGCAGACAAAAGAUCAUUGACAGGGUUCGCUCUCAGAGCAUUAACGUAACCCCAUCAAGUGAGAUGCCUUAAGUUAGUUAGGAGGCUAAAUAGCACAUCUCGCAUGCAGCCAGAUCUACCCAUCAACCGUGAUGGAGAAAACGUAUUUUGUAAUCUGCUUGUCCGGCCUUGUUGGCAUCAGCAUCAGCAACAUGGAUGGAGUCUGCAAAUUUGGAGGCCUAGGAUCUGCGCGUGUGGCACAAGUGGAGAAGAUUUUCAUGGCAUGGAAUUCGGUGAAGUAUGCUUAUACCGCGAUUUUGUAUAAGUAGCCCGCCCUUGUUUUGUAAACUUAUUUGGAAAACACGGUUGUUUGAGCAGAGAGUUUGCAAAAGGAUAGUAGGUAGAGAGAAUCAAUUCGUCAUCUAUUCAUAAACUGCAUUUACAUAUAUAUAGGUUCUUAACAGACAUGCCUUUUCAGAAACUGUUGAGAUGAACGGAUGCCUUUGCUGGAUAACUGAAGGUAGUUAGUCUUGUUAG